CAACACUUUGAAAAAUACGUUACCAAAAGCUUUGAAAAUGAUAUUUCAGCUGGUUUUAUCAGUGUUUGUUCUGGUUUCUUUGGCGGUGGUUUCCGAUGGAUUUGGCGGCGGUGCAAUGAGGCCGACGAUGGUGAAGAAGGAGUACAGAAAGUCUUUGGUGGUGAGUGAGUUUGGAGAAAUAUCAGCGGUUGAUGUUUGUAGUGGGAAAAAAGGAGAUUAUCAUAUUGAGUUUAUGACAUUGGAGCCUAAUGCUUUGUUUCUUCCUGUUGUUCUUCAUGCUGAUAUGGUCUUUUAUGUCAACACAGGGAGUGGGAAGCUGAGUUGGAGUGAAGAUGGUAAAGAAAUGAAGAGGGAAAAUAUAAAAAGAGGAGAUGUUUAUAGGCUAAGUGCAGGCUCAGUUUUCUUUGUGCAAAGUGAUUUAGUAUCAGAAAGACAAAAGCUAAGGAUUUAUGCUAUCUAUUCCAAUACAGAUGAAGAUUUCUAUGAACCGUCUCUCGGAGCUUAUUCUAGCAUAAGUGACUUGGUUCUUGGAUUUGAUAAGAAGCUUCUGCAAUCAGCUUUUAUGGCAUCUGAAGAUGUAAUAGCAGAGAUGACAAGUGCGAUUAGGCCGCCUGCGAUAGUGCAUACAAUUCCGGAGGAGAAGAAAUCUAUAUUCAAGGAACUAGAGGACAGAUUUCUGAAUGUACUUAUUGGAAAUCAAGAUGGUGCCUUUUAUGACAUCAAUAAUGGCAAGAAGAAAAAGAAAACGAAAAUAUUUAACAUUUAUGAAGCUGAUCCGGAUUUCGAAAAUUGUAAUGGAUGGAGUGUGACUGUAGGCAGAGGUGAUUUGAAAUCUUUAAGAGGUUCCAAUAUUGGUCUUUUCAUGGUGAACUUGACCAAGGGAUCGAUGAUGGGACCGCAUUGGAAUCCGAUGGCUACGGAAAUAGCAAUAGUGUUACAAGGACAGGGAAUGGUGAAGGUGGUUUGUUCAAGCAAUGCAAAUGAAACAGAUUGUGUAAACAAGAGGUUUAUGGUUGAGGAAGGAGAUGUAUUUGCUGUGCCAAGGUUCCAUCCAAUGGCUCAAAUGUCAUUCAACAAUGAUUCAUUUGUUUUCAUGGGAUUUAGUACUUCAACAAGAAGAAACUAUCCUCAAUUCUUAGCCGGGACGAGAUCGGUGCUCCAAACGUUGAACAGAGACGUCUUGGCCUUGUCGUUUAACGUGACCAACUCUACAAUUCACGAGCUAUUGGCUCCUCAAAAUGAAGCUAUUAUAUUAGAUUGUACUUCUUGUGCCGAGGAAGAACAAAGAGUGAUGGUGGAAGAAAAGGAACAAGAAAGGCGAGAAGAGGAAGCUAGAGCGAAAGAAGAGGAGCACAAACGGGAGAAAGAAAGAAAAAGACAACAAGAAGAAGAAGAGCGUGAACGAGAGGAGGAAGAAAAGAAGAGGCGGGAAGAAGAAGAGCGUGAACAGGAGAAGGAAGAAAAGAAGAAGCAAGAAGAAGAAGAGCGUGAGCGGAUGGAGGAGGAAGAAAAGAAACGAGAAGAAGAAGAGAGACAAGCAAGGGAGAAGGAAGAAAUGGAAAGAAGGGAAAGAGAACAAAGAGAAGCAGAAAAGAAGCAAGAAGAAGAGCAGCAAAGGCAAGAAGAAGCGGCUAGAAGAGAGCAAGAAGAGGCGAGAAGACAGGAAGAAGAAAGAAAAAGACGACAAAAGCAAGAAGAAGAAGAAGCGGCUAGAAGAAGGGAAAAGGAACAAAAGAAAGAGCAGAAGCGGCAAGAAGAAGAAGCGCAAAGGGAACAAGAAGAGGCCGAGAGGCAAGAAGAAGAAGAAAGGAAAAGGAGAGAGGAGGGUGAAGAAGAGCACGAAGGUGGUGGUGGUGAGAAGAAAAUGAGAAUUUCAAGAAAAUUCUGGGACUGGAAGCUCUGAACUCUCUCCUACAACUUGCACCAGUAGGUCCUGAGUUUUGUAUAUGUGAAUAAGACCGAGCUCUUGAUGCGCAUGCUUUGUCCUGUUUUGAACCUUUGAAUAAUAAGCUCUGAGAUCUACCUUUUGCAUAUUGUAAUGAGCAUUAGAUUGUUUUUUUGUUUUGAGUUCUGAGUUCGGUAGUUCUUUCUUGUAUCACACGUUUUGGAAUCGAAUGUUUAGUUCUCUUUUAUGUA